AUGGAUCCAGAGACUGUCUCAAUAGUUGUUUCUCACCGGUCGCAAACGUAUACACUGCACCUAGGACAAGACGCCACCCUCGCCGACCUCCAAGCAGAACUAUCGGGUCUGACAUCAGUCCCCCCACAUCUACAGAAGCUUUUGUACAAAGGAAAAAAGAGCUCGGAUUCGACAACGCGUCUCAAAGAUGCUGGCCUGACUACCGGUGUGAAGGUCACCUUACUCGGGAAUCCAGAGAGCACGAUCAAUUCGUUGCUCGACGCAGAAAAGCAAAAGGAGCGGAAAGAGGAAAUACUAAAAGCGCGAGCAGCUAAACCGGGACCAAAAGUCCGAUCGACUGGGCCAGCGAAACCUCUGACGAGCUACCGUUUUCACCGUAUCGAACCGCUUCGACAUCUCCCUGAACCAGCCAAAGCUGAGAGCCUCCUCCAACGACUCGCCGCCGACCCCGCGAUCGUGCAUAUCAUGCAGACGCACAAGUUCUCAGUCGGUACUUUGACCGAACUCGCUCCACACGAACAUCCCGAGCUGCUGGGUCUCAAUAAAAACGCUGGAGAAUCUAUACUUUUGCGCCUAAGGACGGAUCGGUACGACGGGUUCAGACUCUAUAGUGAAGUCAGGAGGGUGCUCUGUCAUGAACUGACGCAUAACGUAUGGGGGGACCACGAUGAUAACUUCAAAGCCCUGAACUCUCGUCUCAAUAGAGAAGUUGCCGAAUGGGAAGCGCAUCUCAAAUCCAAUACUCAUUCGAUGAUGGGUUCAACAUAUGAGCCAAGUAGCGUAGGGAACGAGAUGAUGGCAGAAGCUAGUGCAGUGACCGCUCACGUGCUUGGAGGAAGCAAUGGAACGACAUCCUCAUCGGCGCUGACUGCUGCUGAAAGACGCGCAAAGGUUCUCGAAGCAACAAUGAAGCGCCUGCAGGCGGAAGAACAGCAGAUCGAGGAUAUGUGUGGCAGCACCAAAGGCAAUGACCUCCCUCGUGCCGAGGAAACGGAACAAUGA